AUCAGCGGUCAUGUCACACAUCCCAAUCCACAUCAGUCUGGGCUCACAGAUUCAUCCAGAAACAGAGGCAGGAAAACUAACACCUCUACUACUACAUUCUUCCAGAAACACGCAGCAAUAAAAGGAGGAGAAAAUCCAUUAGGUCCGCCAACCUGGAGAUCGCCAAUGGAGGAAGAAGGGAAGAAGAUGAUGAAGAGGAAGGUGAUGAUAGCGAUUGACGAGAGCGAGUUCAGCCGCUAUGCGCUCGAAUGGACUCUCGAGAACUUUCACGAUUCGCUACUGAACUCGCAACUUGUGCUAUUCACCGUCCUGCCCAUGGUCGACUAUGGCUACAUCUACGCCUCUUCUCUAGGGUUUACUCCUCCUGAGCUGCUAAAGUCUAUUCAAGAUAAUCAGAAGAAAGUUGCCACUGUUCUUUUGGAGAAAGCUGAUGAUAUCUGCAAAAAGCAUGGGAUAACUACCGAGAGAGUUAUAGAAGCCGGAGAUCCGAAAGACGCCAUAUGUCAAGCAGUAGAAAAGAUGAAAAUCCAAUUGCUUGUGCUGGGAAGCCACAGCAGAGGAGCUCUAAAAAGGGCGAUCCUCGGAAGCGUCAGUAACUACUGUGUCAACAAUGCCAAUUGCCAGGUUCUUGUUGUCAAGAAGAAGCCUUGAGACAAUACAUAGGCAGAGUGUUUAUCAAAUUCAGUUGUCCUGCUGGAGUGUACAAUUAUGUAAAUAUAUAUAAAUAUGUGGUGCUGAAAUAAGUAAUGACUGUAAUGGGUUGAAAUAAUGUGGUGAUUUGAGAGUUUGGAAUAAUAAAGAUGAAUGUAAUGUGUGAAUAUGUGUGAUAUAUGGAGAACUUGUUUAUAUCAGCUUGAGUUUUGUCUGU